AUGUUGAUUCGAGUCGACCGAAUUUCUACCUGCCUUUCAAGGCGAGUCAAACACUUUACUACUGCUCCAUCUGCCAGUUUUAAUCUCGAGAAAAAUCCACCUGCACAAUCCAUUGACUCCAUUGGCGGUUCUCCUCUUGUCCAGCAAUUAGUCGACUCAAUUGAGAAACUCACACUUUUAGAAACAGCUGCUCUUGUCAAAUCCCUUAAAGCCCGUCUUAACCUUCCAGAUGUUGGCUUUUCUCCCACUCAACUGGGCGCUACUCAGCAUCUUUCUACUCUCGGUUCAGGCCCAUUGGCUACCGAAGUCGAGUCACCAGCACCGGCUGCUCCUCCAACACAAACGGAGUUUAAAAUAAUUUUGCAAAAAGUAGAUCCAGCUGCGAAGGCCAAAAUUAUAAGAGAAAUCAAGGGCAUCCUUCCUGGCCUUAACUUGGUUGAGGUAUGCCAGCAUUUAGGGUUCUCACAGUCCGUUCCUAAACUUGUAAAGGAAAAGCUAACCAGUGCAGAUGCUCAAAAACUUAAAAAGACUUUGGAGGAUCUCGGUGCCACCGUGAGCAUGGAAUAG